CGCCAUACCUAUUACAUGUUUUUUAAAUUAAAACGCUUUAAAAUUACGUUUCUUUAUAUAUCUUUAGAUAUGUUUUGUAAGUAAGUUUACCUGUUUUAAAAAUGUAUGAUUGCCCUACCAACUGUCAGAAAUCACGUUUUUAAACUUCGCGAUUUUAUAGUGCAUAAAAACAAAAAGACAAAUAAAAGUUACGCUUAAUUUUUUGCGUUUGUAAUUUUAAACGUAUAAAUUAAACGUAAUUUAAUAAUACGCAAAAUUAUUGUUUGUUUUAAGAUCUUUAUUUAAAAUGUAUUUUAAGACGUUUUCAGUGUGAUAGAAAGUUUUUGAGGCAGGUCUCUUAUUUUGCCGUGUUUCUUUAACUGAGCGUUUUUUAAAAACAGUAAACAGCACGUAGUUUAUCGAGUUGAAAUAUAACUAUUAUCAGUUUAAUACUAAUGCAAUCAGUUUAAGCAUCUUUAAACUUGUCGAAUAGAUAUUAAAUGGCAGUUUUUAACAGUUUCGCCCCCAAGCUUGUCCGGACAUGUCUAACUGAAUUUGACUUUUAAAUGGAGCUCCUCAUCAUCUCUUCAGUGUCACUGAUCGGAUGUUUCCUGCAUGCAUCAAGCUCACACCAGGCAUUAUUUUUACUGAAAACAUCAGAUGCUUGGACAACAUGACAGUGUUGAAGACCCAGUCUCCUGCUUUGGCUGGAAUGAAUGAAAAAUUGUGGUUGGAGAAAGCCUGCUGUAAUCUUAUUCCGGAUUUAUCAUUAUGGAUUAUUGAAUAUGCAUGGAGUAAACGAAUGAUGGAGGUCCUCGAAGUUCUAGGUCCUCCAUUAUGGCUUGAAGGUGACUGGUGUCUUCUGACUCUUGAAGAGCCUUGCCAAAUCCGUGUGGUAUCAGCAGAGGUCUUGAGGAUCGUACAAGCCAGAGACAUCAAGCAUUUUGAGCGUGUGACCAAGUUUUUGGAUGUUUCUUACCUGCUUGUGCCACGACUGGUGACUCCCAUUAAACACAUGAAAAUCAUGUUUGGUCUACAGACUCUGGUUAUAAUGUGGAUGCUGUGGAACGACCAGAGCGCUGCUAACAUCGAUGAAAAAAUCGAGAGCCUGUUCCCUAACAACCUGCCUGAGUAUUACAAAUGUAGCCGCAAGCACAUGGAGCUAAUGCAGAAAAACAGAGAAGAUUUCAAGUCCUUUGCUCAUGCGCUGGCGAGAGACAGGAGCAUGCGUGAGGCUUACAUUCGGGAUUUAAUGGAGGAGCAAUAUGGUGAACGAUACGCACAGAAACUAGAGGAGAGACUUUCACAGUAUUUGGAAGAGCUAGAUAAAGCCUUGCCACAGUCAACAUGUAUCGAACAGGUACUGGACCAGUCACUGCCACAGGCCGCAGGAGAGAAGAUUUUGAAGAAAUUACUCUCAAGGGAUAACGCUUCUCUUGCCAAUGUUCUCCGAAGACUCCUAAACUGUGCUGUGACUUUAAAUCAAAACGGUGAAGAGAGUAUCUCUUUAUCACCGAGUUCAAACACAUGUGAGGAACAGAAGGAUGCUCCAAAGAGUAAUAAACCAUCUCAAAGAACCCUGCAUGUAGUUUCCAGGCCAUCUCAAGACAGCAAGGAAACAAGACUCUCACAAACCAGCUCAAAGCAGUUAUUUAUUUCCCAGGGCUUGUGGCAGAAAAGAAAGGAAAGUCCUCAGGGAAGUUUAACAGAGACGUGUCAUGAUGAACGGAUGACAACAUCCACACAGAUGUCGGGUCAGAUUGGCUGUAGUCCAUCUCUGCUGGAUGAGGAGGAGACGACGGCAGAGAGGAGGUGGCAACAGAAACACACGGAGACUGUAUCAGAAACAGAUAAAAACAAACAUGAGCCUAAACAUACAGAGCAGAUGUGCUCCAGACAUGGCAAAAAAAUGAAGAGCAUCCUUCAGGAAUGUUCUGAGGAGCUCGAUGAAGAGGCUGUACAGGCGUUAUGCACUCCUACAUCAUCAUCCAAAAGCACUCCACCUCUUCUCUCGCACACAUCACAACCUGACGCCCUUUACACACGCGCACAGACCUUAGCAUCUCCGUCUUUGGCGGAUUCCUCCUCUACGAACAUUUCAAUGUCUUCAGAGGAACAAGUUACUUCCUCACAAGAUCCUUUAGUCCUCCAAAUUACUUCUUCAUCACCUUCCUCACUUCUUCAAUCAUCAUCAAAAGCAGUGUCAAAGCAACAUAGAUUCAAUGCAGAAGAGAUUAGAGAAGCUUCACAGCAGGUUUUGACUAGCGGACACAACCUGAAACUAUCUCUGGAGAGUCAAAGCUUCCUUAUGAAGUCCAGGUGGCUUCAACCUCAAGUGUGUCUUUAUAGACUAAGCAUGGACGAAUGCGUCAGGAUCACAGAUUCAUCCGAGUCUGACGAAGAGGUGUAUGCAUUUUUCGAUGCAAAUACUUUAUACUCCGAUGCAUACUCAGAUUCAGACACGACAGACUCGGAUGACCCUGAUUAUAACCCUAAAGGAGGGUAAAUACAGGAAUAUUUGUAUUAUGUAAUUAAUGCGGGCUUUGACCCACUCGCCAUAAAUGAACGUGAUGUUUAUCAUGUUCGCAGGUGCAUCGGUACCCAAAACUGUUCGAUUAUCUAUUUUGGUGGUUUACAUUGAAUGUUUGGUUAUACCUUUUUACCUCAUCAGUUUACUUUAUGAAGACGACUUCUUAAUGUAACCUUAAAUAAACAUCGUGGUGAUAUGAAGGAUAAAUAUUUGUUUCAUGCUGUGAUUAGGAUUUAAUGGUGUUUUAAAUCAUAAAGAUGUGAUGUGGAACGUCAUGUUCUAUUUAUUUAGUGACGACGUGUAUGACCAGGGAAGUUGCUGGAUGUUUGGAUGGUCUAUUUACUGAGUACAUGACUGAAUACAUGUUGACAUACUUCAUUUGAUUGACCUGUAGGGUUACGUAAGGACUUUUUUUUAAAAAACAAUGGAGUAUAACGCCACUACAUUUGCAUUUAACGCUCAGGUUGCGUUGACCCUACUUUCAUUUUAUUGUUUAGUGUUUUAAGGUUAGUCAAAGGUUCACUAAUUUGGUGUUUGGUGUAGUUGGUUUAUGUAAUAAAUUGUUAUGCCAGGAUCAAAUAGAGAGAGAGUUUAAAGUUCAAAUGUAGUGCUGUCCAAAGCCAUCCAUUCUGACGCUUGUUUACCCGACUUUACUUUG